AUGGCAUCGGAGGGGGGGCAGUCGCCGGAGGUGGAGGGCGAGGCGAUGGUCACGGUCGUCAUCAAGAACCCCUCCGCGUCGUCGCCAGGCGACUUCAGGACGCGAGUGCGAGCGGCGGGCACGGUGGGCGACGUGAAGCGACAGCUGCAGGAAGAGUACGCGGGACACCCCGACCCGUCGCGACAGAAGCUGAUCGUCGCCGGCCAGCUCGUGAAAGACUCGCUCCUCGUCCGCGACAAGAACCUGAGCGAGCCCCAGGUGAUGCACCUCGUCGUCUCUUCCGCUCCCCCCGGCACCUCCUCCGCGCCGUCCUCCGCGCCCUCUUCCGCGCCCUCCACGACUCACUCCAGCCGCUCCGUCUCCCCCACGCCCUCCUCCUCCGCGCGCGCCCACUCGCGCGCCACCCUCCCUGCCUCCAACCUCGCGCUUGCUCCUUUCCCUGCCGCGCCUGCGCCAAUCCCUGCGCCCGCCGCCGCCGCCUCACUGCAGCGCGCAGGCGCUGUCCCGGGGUCCGGGCAGGCGCACGCAGUGGAGGCGGACGGGCCGGCUGUAGCGCCGGCCGCUGCAGCUGCGGCGCCCGCUGUGGCUGCUGCAGCCGCGGGUCCUGGCGCAGCGGAUGGGGGGCUUACAGCGAGCGGGGGAGAGGCAGGAGGGCGAGCACCCACAGCAGCACCCACAGCAGCAACAACAGCUCCAGCUGUUACGCAGGCCGCUGCCGCUGCUGGGGGGGGAGAGCAGCAGCAAGCCAUCCUUCAGCUGCUCGGUGCGCUGCAACACACUGCGCCCACUGGCCUGCCGCCUCUGCCCUUCUCGCCUCUCAUGGCGCCGCCCCUGCCGGCCCUUCCGCCGCCAUACUCGCCUUUCACGCUGCCGCCCUUCAUGCUGCCUGCUGACUCUUCCAUGCCUGCAUCAGCCCUCUACCCACCUUUACUGCACUCCCCUCUGCUCCCCCUCUCCAUGCCGCCCAUGCCCUUCCCCUUCGCUUUCCCUUUUCCCUGGCCCUCCCCUCCGCCCAUGCCCAUGCCGGGUGAUCCCCUCGCACCCAUCGCCUUUGCCCCUCCCAUGCCUCCCUUCGCCUUCCCACCCACCAUGCCUCCUCCGCACCCAUUCGCCAGCAACGGCAACAGCCCUGCCCCCCCUGUUGGCGCGCCUGUGCACACCCACCCGCACCACCCACCCACUGUGGGCCUCGCACCACCACCGCCCGCACCAGCGGCAGCACCUUUGCCUCAGGCAGGGGCAGCACAGCCCCAUCCCGCCGCCCCUGCUGCAGCGCCAGGUGCCGUGGGGGAGGAGGCGGCAGCAGCGGCGGCCGUGCAGCAGCAUGUGCGGCAGGCGGGCGCAGUGGGAGGGGUGGAGGAGGAGUGGCAGCAGCAGCUGCAGCAGCGGCUGCAGGCGGAGUGCCAGGAGGAGGCAGGGCGGCAGGAGAUGCAGCAGGGCAUGUGGGGGUGGGGGGGGGCGGCAGCAGUGGAGGGCGCGCCUAGAGUGCGGCGCAUUCAGUUUGCGAUCCGCAUCGACCUCAUGCUGCUGCUCAAGCUCACGCUGCUCGUCUAUGUGUUCGGCCAGGGCGGGGGCUACCGCCGCUUCUUUGCCCUCAUCGCUGCUGCUCUCUUCAUCUACCUGUACCAAGCGGGCGUGCUGGCGCCGCUGCUGCGAUGGCUCUCCCACCGCGCGCAGGCCGCCAUGGGCCUGCCUCCCCACCCCCCCCACGCUGCUGCUGCCCCCCACGCUGCUGUGCCACCUCAGGCUGGAGCCGGGGCUGCAGGGGGUGGGGGAGGGGCGGCAGGGGUGGAGGGAGGUGUCGGCGGGGCGGCAGGUGGUGUGCAGGGCCAAGCAGGCGCGGCAGCGACGGUCCGCGCGCCGCUCGUGGCGGCUGUCAUGGCGUCCACCCACUCAGACGCCGCGGACUCCCAAUCGGACGGCUCAGAUUCUCCAAUUCUCGUGGAGCGACCGGGUCCGUCCGAUGUGACUACGGUUGGCGAACUGGCAGACAGGGAGGCCGCAGGGGGCGCAGCCGCUGGCGGGGCGGAGUCGAAGGCGGACGACUCGUCCGCGGAACCACCAUGCAGCGAUGGCGCGCCCGGCGAUCCGCGGAAGGAACGCGCGGAGCCCCCGGGGCAGGACGAGGCGGAAUCCGCAGCGGCGCUGGUGUCGCCGUCGAAAGCGCACGGGCGAGAGAGAGGCGCGGCGGGGUCGGGGCAGGGCGAGGUGGCGGCGGCUGUGGGGCAGGUGGCGGCGGGCGUGGCGGCGGGCGUGGCGGGUCUCGCGAGCAGCGCGGGCGCCGAGGCAGCCGCCGUCGUGAGCAGCCUGGGCGAGCGGCGCGUGGAGCAGGUGACAGGGCUGAGCACGGGCUUUGUGUCGCUCUUCAGUGUCUUUGACUCCGCUAUCGCCUACCCCUUCGACAAGCCCACUGCUCCCGCCGCCGCCGGGGGUGGCAGCAGCGCAGCGCAGGCAGAGGCGCACAAGGCCAGGGGGGGCAGUGAUGGCAGGGGGACGGGGGGCGCGGAGGAGGAGGGGCAGGCAGGGGCGGAGGGCAGUGCGCGGUCGCCCCACCCGUCCAGAGCCAUCGACCUGCAGGCCAUCUUUGGCCUCCCCACCCAUGAGACCCUGCUGGAAGCCUUCCCCUGUCGGCUGCUGCAGCUGUACCGACCAGUGUACAACACGUUCACGCCCGACAUGCGGAGGGCCUUCAGGGGCACGCUCUACAUCACACACCAGCACGUCUGCCUCUGCCUUGACGACAGUGGACGCCGCAUCCCCUUCACCAUUUUCCCACUCCCUUCCCCCCGCCAUUCCCGCCCUUGUUCCUUUUCCUUGCCCACUUCCAUGCCCUUGCCCACUCCCCUCCCCACAUUCCUCUCGGUGCUGCCCGGGGCCGUGCCAUGUGUGGGCUGGGGGGGGGCGUGCCAUGUGUGGGCUGGGGGGGGGCCGUGCCAUGUGUGGGCUGGGGGGGGGCGUGCCAUGUGUGGGCUGGGGGUGGCCGUGCCAUGUGUGGGCUGGGGUGGGGCGUGCCAUGUGUGGGCUGGGGUGGGGCGUGCCAUGUGUGGGCUGGGGUGGGGCGUGCCAUGUGUGGGCUGGGGUGGGGCGUGCCAUGUGUGGGCUGGGGUGGGGCGUGCCAUGUGUGGGCUGGGGUGGGGCGUGCCAUGUGUGGGCUGGGGUGGGGCGUGCCAUGUGUGGGCUGGGGUGGGGCGUGCCAUGUGUGGGCUGGGGUGGGGCGUGCCAUGUGUGGGCUGGGGUGGGGCGUGCCAUGUGUGGGCUGGGGUGGGGCGUGCCAUGUGUGGGCUGGGGUGGGGCGUGCCAUGUGUGGGCUGGGGUGGGGCGUGCCAUGUGUGGGCUGGGGUGGGGCGUGCCAUGUGUGGGCUGGGGUGGGGCGUGCCAUGUGUGGGCUGGGGUGGGGCGUGCCAUGUGUGGGCUGGGGUGGGGCGUGCCAUGUGUGGGCUGGGGUGGGGCGUGCCAUGUGUGGGCUGGGGUGGGGCGUGCCAUGUGUGGGCUGGGGUGGGGCGUGCCAUGUGUGGGCUGGGGUGGGGCGUGCCAUGUGUGGGCUGGGGUGGGGCGUGCCAUGUGUGGGCUGGGGUGGGGCGUGCCAUGUGUGGGCUGGGGUGGGGCGUGCCAUGUGUGGGCUGGGGUGGGGCGGUGGGGCAGAUAAAGCUGGAGGCAGCGGAGGUGGCGGGGGUGGGGAAGCAAGCAGCCAGGCGGGGCGACAGCAGCGACCAGCUCAAGAUCGACCUCUCAGGCGCGCACACCUCGGUGGGUGCUGUCGGGGGCGCACAGCUCGGUGGGUGCUGCGGGGGGCUCUCAUCCCUCCACCCACCCUGCCCUGAUCGCCACUGCCUAUGUUUCCUCUGUCGCAUUUCCCCCCUCUCUCUGGCUCCCUGUCUCCCUCUUCCCCCUCCCUUCUCUCCCUCUUCCCCCUCCCUUCUCUCCCUCUUCCCCCUCCCUUCUCUCCCUCACCACCUCUCCCCCAUGUUCCCCUCACCCCCGCACCCCCGCACCCCCACUGUCCACCACAGCUACUGCUGCAGGACUUCGCCUCCCCUGAUGUGCUGGACAGCGCCCUCGCUCUCCUCGAACACAUCACCUCCUGAUGCCGCCCCGCCUCACAACCCACCGCUUGCCUCCCGCUCCAUGCCGCCCCGCUUACGCUGCCCCGCCUCAUGCCGCCCCGCUUACACUGCCCCGCCUCAUGCCGCCCCGCUUACACUGCCCCGCCUCGUGCUGCCCCGCCUCAGCCCUUCACAGAGUGGGGUCAGCCGCAGGUUGGGCUCUUGGGGUGCAUGUGUGCACCACAUGGGAUGA